AUGCGUAAUAACAGUUUUAGAAACAAUCACUACGGUAGAUUUAAUGGAAGUAGGCAGAAUAAUUAUCGCCAAUGUCAGUUUACACCUUCUUAUGAUCAAGAACAAAAUAAUUAUAGGGGAUAUCAUCCUCCUAAUCAAUAUCAAAAUUAUAAUAAUUAUAUGCAAGAAGAAGCAACAAGUCGUAAUCUAUCAGUUAAUAAUCAGUAUCCACCAUUUGUACCUAAUAAUUUUAGCAAUCCUCCACCAUAUUAUAAUAAUGUUGGCCCAUUUCGCCAACAAUUUCCCGAUCCAAGUAUUAUAGAUUUACUGGGAAUGCAAAGUAAUUUUGAAAAUAAUAUAAAUAAAGAAAAAAAUGGGAUUAAAAUUUAUAGAAAAUAUUUAGAACAUUCAGAGGUUUUGUUAGAUGCUAAUGAAGAAUAUAAAAAUGUACUUACAAAGUGUGAAAAUUCUUUUAUCAUUAGAAAUGUUGUUUCUCGUUCAAAUAACAUGAUAAUGGAUAUUUCAAAAACUCUUAGUCUUUCAAAAAUAUCAUUUAAAGAAUUUAUAGAUAUAUGUAAAGGACUUAAAAAGUCUGAAGAAAAUGUUGUAAAUGCUAUAAAUUGGAUACAAAAAUAUCGUCGUGAAAGUAAAGAAAAUUUUGAAUUUAUUUUACAAGGAGCUAUGGCAUUUUUUAUAAUGAUAUUAACACGAAAAAAUGUUGAUGUUAAUUUGGUUCGCAGACUAACAAAUAUUGUUACUCGUUUAAUUGAAUAUUUAGGAUGUCGAAAUAAUGAGUAUAAAGAUGCUCUUCUAAAAAUGGUAAAUGAUUUUGGAAUUUUUUACUGUUUAAUAAAGCCAUAUGAUUUUAAUGGAGAUUUAUUAAUGCGAUGGGAUAAAUCUAUUCAAAAAGGUUUAUAUAAAUUGGAUAAAGCUUUUAAAGUAUUACUUAGUAAAAAUGAAGACCAAAUGAGAAUAAUUUACGAUAAAUUAUUUGGAAAAAAUUGUAUGGAUAAUAGUUUUAGUAAUAUUAUAUCUAGUAAUAUAAAUAUUAAUAACGUAGAGAUUGCAAAACUUUUAAACCAAGAUACUGUGGAUAAAUUUGAAUUGUUUACAAUUAAAUGUGAAAAUAUGAAUAAUAUGAUAAAAAAUUGGUUAAAUAAUGGAUGCAAUGACAAUCAGCGUAAUAUUCAAAAUUUAGUUAAUCAACCUAUAAAUAUUUCACAUGAAAAUAAAGAUACAUAUGAAGAAAACAAAAAAAAAGAUAACAGAAACUGGUUUGAAAAACAGUUCUGUCCUUCUUAUUCUUCACUUUUUAUGGUUAAUGAAAAUAAUGUACAAUUUCAACCUAUAGACCCUUCUGAAUAUGAUUAUAUUGAAUGUGCUAGUGAAGUUUCUGACAAUAUUAAAAAUCUUUUUGAAGGUUAUAAAAUAUUUUUAGAUGGAAAUAAUGAUAAUCUUCAACCUAUAGAUACAAAUGGAUAUGAAACAUUUAAUAAAUUAAUGAAAUUAAAAUAUAGGUUAAGAGAAGAAGUUAAAGAAAAAGCAUAUGAAGAAAAUAAAGUUUAUUCAGAAUAUUUUAUUCAUGAUUUUGAUGAAAUUGAGUAUAAAGAACCAGUAGAAGUGGAAAAAAAUAGUAAUGGCACAGUGGGGAGUCAUGAUUUUGCUAGAUUUUUAUCAAGUGGCAGAACAUUAUAA